CCCGCCCCAGGCCCUUGCACAUCGGCAUUCGCGUCGGAGAGCGGGAAAGAAGCAGUGGCCAAGGCGCCGAUUUUAUUUGGAGAGAAGCAAGCAUCUUUGCCUCUUUGGAGUAGGAAAUUCAGACUUGAAAAAGUAAAUAAUAUUUAAAGUCAAAAAACAGAUUCACGCCUUCGCCGUAGCGGCUUUUGCCGUGCACCGAAGAGAAGGAAAAGUAGGCCAGAGCCGAACUCUCUUCCUGCCAAGAUGUCUAUUGGUGUGCCAAUUAAAGUGCUGCAUGAGGCUGAGGGCCACAUUGUAACAUGUGAGACGAACACCGGUGAGGUAUAUCGGGGGAAGCUCACUGAAGCAGAGGACAACAUGAACUGCCAGAUGUCCAACAUCACAGUCACAUACAGAGAUGGCCGAGUGGCACAGCUGGAGCAGGUGUACAUCCGUGGCAGCAAAAUCCGCUUUCUGAUUUUGCCUGACAUGCUGAAGAAUGCACCCAUGUUAAAGAGCAUGAAAAAUAAAAACCAAGGCUCAGGGGCUGGCCGAGGAAAAGCUGCUAUUCUCAAGGCCCAAGUGGCUGCAAGAGGAAGAGGACGUGGAAUGGGACGUGGAAACAUCUUUCAAAAACGAAGAUAAUUUUCUCCAUUGAACAGACCUUUGCCCUUUUUUCUUUCAGGUUAUCUGAGUUCACUGGGGUGGGUGCUUGUGUAUAUGUCCUAGGUAUCUUUUGACAUCUUUCUCUUUAGAUCAGGGGAAAUGUUGAAGCUAAAUAAAUCUGGGGGGUUUUUUGUUCUG